AUGAAGGCUGCUUCUGCUCUUGCUACUCUUGCCCUUCUUGCUGUGGCCCCUCAGCCCACGCAGGCUGCUUUCCCAGGUUUUACCAUCAUUGCUGCCGGCCUUAUUGGGAUUAUUGGUAGAGCCCUUGGUACCGCUAUUCAAGGUGCUCGAGUUGCCGCUACCUUUGAUGCCACCGCGCUCCCGCCAGGCGUUCCACAGUUCGAAUAUGAACGUUGUCGUAACGAUAUCAAGGGCCGAACAAUUGAGAUUAAUACAAACUACCAGAACCACCUUGAGGUUAAAGGCCUCCUGGCCACCUGCAUGAAUCUUGCCAAUGUCAUGGCUGGCGAUGGCACUCAGGGGCCCUACGCACUUCCAUGUGGCUCGGACUGCCUGUUCUACGAUGCCAUUACCCCUGCUCAAAUUGAGGAGUUCAGACACAGCCUUGGCUUGUAG